AUGCGAUGCGCGAGCAAGGCCGCCGAGAGCGCGUCUACACGUCUCUGUGCGGACGCCGAAGCAGAAACCACAGCAACUGAUGUCUCAUCGGUUGCUGAAGCGACCCAGCCUGUGUCACUUGGUGAUGCAGGCGCUGGUCAUGAAGACACUCGUGUCUUCACAGAGUACGAGCUCGGUGUCUCGUACUCUCCUGAUACGGAUGACGGAACCGUAUCGACGGCGAUUGAAUCUAAGCCGCCUGCCAAGCGUGGCAUGGACGAUGCUUUGCGUCGCAGCAUCUUUGAUUCAUCUAAUGAAUCAGAUGAACCAUCGCCGAAGCGUAGGCGCUCGAGGUCGCGAGACUCGGGCGCUAACAGUGGUGUCGGUUCUCCUAUGGACACCACUUUGCGACGAGGUGCCAGUACUUCUGUCGGCACGUCGCAGGAAGAGCGGGACCGCAAUGUGUUGCGUCUCGCUCCUGAGAAGAAGGCAUGGAUGCUUCCUAAAUAUGUCAUGGAUCAGUUGUCGGCGACGACGAGUGAUCGUUAUCGAACACGGUUGUUCGAUUCGUCAAGGAUCCAUCACCUUGACCCCAGCGCGAAAAACUAUCGCGCUGAACAUGAAUUCUUCAUCGAUGCUUUCUUUAGACAUCGAUGGUACAGUGGGAAUCACAAACGUGAUGGUCCCUCACUGCUUCAAGCGUGGAACGCCUACAUCCAUAACCUCGAGGAUGUAGGUCGUGACGCUUGGAACGACAAACUUAUCAAAGCUCGUGAUAAGUUUGAAAAGCGAACCCCCACAGGUGCACGCUACAAGCUGCAUCGUCUGUCAAGAGAGAAAGGAUUACCCUGCCUCUCUUGGGGAGACUCGUGCCCAUGUUGUGUGAACAACUCUGCACGAGCACCUAAGGAGGCUUACCUCCUUACCAUCCAGUGGUGGCGCGAUGUGCCGCGUCGUACUGCUCAACCAGACCCAGUACGUCGAUCAUCAGUUGGGAGCGGGGCUCCCAAGAAUCCCAGGACGGGGGAUAGCCGCGCCAUCGGACGAGAUAACUCGUCCGACGUCCGUUCACGUCGCGGUGGAUCAACAGCUGCUCAACUAGCUAGCGCUGGCCACCGCGAGAGUCCUCUAAUGGAGGUAGAGGCGGAGUAA